AUGUAUAUUCCACCCUCAUAGCUAUAUAUCAUCGCUCCUGAUUCAAUCUUAGCUUCCAUUGGUUUUGAACAAACAAUGGCCUUAAAAAACUUGUCAUUUCUCACGCUCGGUGUUUCUAUGAUACUUUCCAUCUUGUCAUCAUCAUCAUCAUCAUCCAUAGGUGCUGCAACUCCGCCUAUAGUUCCCCCAGAAACUGUUUGCAGAUCCGCCGCAAACCCUUCCUUCUGCAAAACACUGCUUGCCAAUCAAAAUAGUACCGUCUUCGACUAUGGCCGCUUUACGGUCACAAAGUCCUUGUCCCAGUCCCGCAAGUUCUUAAACCUUGUAGAUUCACAUCUUCAAGACACAUCGUCUUUUUCUCAACCCACAAUUCGCGCUCUUGAGGAUUGCAGUUUCCUUGCUGAGCUGAAUUUUGAAUUUUUAUCAAACGCCCUUAACACCGCUAGUUAUAAAGCUAGCGACGUUCUUCCUUCUUCCCAAGCGGAAGAAAUGCACACGUUGUUGAGUGCUGUUCUAACAAACCAACAUACUUGUUUAGAAGGCCUAGAGACCACAACUUCUGAUCAGAGAUUGAAGGAUGAUUUAUUGUCAUCACUCUCUAAUGAUACAAAGCUUCACGCUGUUUCCCUUGCCCUCUUCGUGAAGGGUUGGGUGCCUCAUAAGAAAACACAAACAUCAUGGCAACCCAAUAUCGGGAGGCACUUGGGUUUUCGCAACGGUCGUUUACCAUUGAAGAUGUCAAAUCGAGCACGUGCGAUUUAUGAUUCUGCUAGAGGCGGAGGUAGAAGGUUACUUCAAAUGUUGGAUGACAACACGAGCGUCACGGUGAGUGACAUCGUGGUUGUUAGUCAGGAUGGAAGCGGAAACUUCACUACUAUCAAUGCUGCUAUAGCCGCUGCACCAAAUAACACAGAUAGUAGUGGUGGCUACUUUCUUGUAUAUGUCACUAAGGGCGUGUAUCAAGAGUAUGUGUCUAUAGCCAAAAACAAAAAGUACUUGAUGAUGGUCGGAGAUGGGAUCAACCAAACAAUUAUCACCGGUAAUCACAAUGUUGUCGAUAAUUUUACAACAUUCAACUCCGCAACAUUUGUCGUGGUAGCACAAGGAUUCGUAGGAGUUAAUAUAACAUUCCGUAACACUGCUGGGCCAAGCAAGCACCAAGCAGUUGCAGUAAGAAACGGAGCUGACCUGUCCACCUUUUACAGUUGCAGCUUUGAAGGGUAUCAAGACACUUUGUACACGCACUCUCUGAGGCAGUUUUAUCGUGAAUGUGACAUCUAUGGCACAAUUGACUUCAUAUUCGGAGAUGCAGUUGUUGUUUUCCAAAACUGCAAUCUGUAUCCUCGCCUACCCAUGAGUGGCCAAUCCAAUCCCAUCACUGCUCAAGGGCGAACUGAUCCAAAUCAAAACACAGGCAUUUCUAUCCAUAACGCCACUAUUAAAGCCGCUGGUGAUUUGGCUCCGGUGGUUAGCACUGUGAAAACAUACCUUGGGAGGCCAUGGCAACAAUACUCAAGGACUGUUUAUCUGCAUUCAUUCAUGGAUAACUUGAUAGAUCCUGCUGGUUGGCAUGAAUGGAGCGGGGAUUUUGCAUUAAGUACCUUGUAUUAUGCAGAGUAUAAUAACACGGGACCUGGUUCAAACACUACGAACAGAGCGAAUUGGCUUGGCUACCAUGUCAUUAAUGCUUCUGAUGCAUCUAAUUUUACUGUGUCUAACUUCUUGGGUGGGGAUCAUUGGCUGCCUCAGUCCGGUGUCCCCUACUUGAGUGGUUUGAUAUAGCCCAACAGAUUUACAAUUUACACACUCGCAAAGUAAAGUUUGUUAAUAAUUCCUUAAAUUUUAUUGUGUUUCUUUUGUGGGAAAAAGUCAAUUACGAAUUUGAAUAUAAGUAGCGAAUAAAAUUAGAUAGUUAGUGAGGCGUGAUAAAAAGGGUUAAUGGUCAAAUUAGUCCCUGAUUUUACAAGCGAGUUUGAUUUUAGUAUCUCGGCGGAAAAAUGACGUUUAGUGACAGUCAAAAACAACUAAUAAACGUCAUUUUGACCGUCACUAAAC